AUGAAGCUUACGCGUGCGGUGGCCGGCGCCGCCGUGCUGUCACUCUGCGUGCUGCUCGCCGUGCAGCCGGCGGCGGCGGCGGCGGCCGGCGGCAACGUGGAGGGCACGGUGAGGGAGGAGGUGCAGAAGGCCAUCAAAGCCGAUCCCGGCGUUGGACCCGCCCUCAUCCGUUUGGUGUUCCACGACUGCUGGGUCAACGGGUGUGAUGGGUCCGUGCUUUUGGACACGACGCCGUCCAACAGCAGCUCCGGCGUCGAGAAGGCGGCGGCGAACAACAUCGGCCUCCGCGGCUUCGAGCUGAUCGACGCGAUCAAGGCCAAGCUCGGCGACGCCGUCUCCUGCGCCGACAUCGUCGUGCUGGCCGGCCGCGACGCCGCCGCCAUCCUGAGCCGCGGCAGGAUCACGUACGCCCUCAAGACCGGCCGCAGGGACGGCGUGGUGUCGUCCGCCGCCGCCGCCGACGCCACCCUGCCGCAGUCCACCUUCGAGGUCAGCCAGCUCAAGGGCAACUUCGCCAAGAAGAACUUCACAACGGAGGAGCUCGUCGUCCUAUCCGGCGCGCACGCCGUCGGCGUCAGCCACCUCUCCUCCUUCAAGGACCGCCUCAACGCGGCGACCGCCACCCCGAUCGACCCGAGCUACGCGGCGGCGCUCGCCAGGGACGUCGAGGCCCUGAAGGGGCAGCAGAACACGACGGACCCGACGGAGCGGUUCAACAUCCGCGACAUGGACGCCGGCUUCCGGAACGCGUCCGGCUUCGACGCCACCGGCGUGAACACGACGGCGGUGGGCGUGCUCGACAACAGCUUCUACCACGCCACCUUGCAGAACAUGGUCCUCCUCAAGUCCGACUGGGUGCUGCGCACCGACGGCGAGGCGUCGGGCAGCCUGAGCGACUUCAGGGACGACGCCGCCAAGUGGGAGGCGGAGUUCGCCGCCGCCAUGGUCAAGCUCAGCAACCUUCCCGCGGAGGGGACACGCUUCGAGAUCAGGAAAAGCUGCAGAUCCACCAACUAG